AUGUACUCCCUUGGUCCUCCUCCUUGUCAUUUUCAACGUCGGGUCAAAGGCAUUACCGCUAGCUAUACCCCCGACGCGACUUCGCAAAACCAGAACGUCACACACGCAAGUGAUCACGACAUUGAUCUUACUGAGUGGGAUGUCGUCAGCGACGAGGAGGACCUUGCGGUCCAGUAUCCUGUCACGCAUCUCCAAGACACCAAUCGAUACGCGCCAGUCAAGCUUUCCAUUCACUUAUACUAUCGCGGUAAAUUUGUGGCCCUGGUAGCAGGGACGUGCACCGCCGAUACCCUAUCUACAAGCAUCCUGGCAUUCAUUACCAGUGACCAAAAACUUGACUUUGAUAUGAAUCUUGACGAGCUCGACUUGUGCAUGUUCCAUCGCUUCAGAGCUUCCCGUCAGCGUAGACAUGGGCAUGCUCGGAGCUCUACCUUUGGAGAUAUCUUUGCUGACGGUCAGACCGCGUAA